UGUAAUUGUCUUUCUCACCACAAUUUUAACAUUUUCUUUGCAGGGUUCAGAAAAUACACAUAAAUGAGCUCAUGAAAUGGUUGGAAUUAACACAUGUCCUUCUCAGUCUCAAUAUAUAUUUGUCAAAAUCCUAAAUCUAUAUAGCUACCUAUCAUGUACUAGCUAGGGUUAUUUUUAUUGUUAUUUUAUAUAAAUAAAUAUAUUUUAUAUAUAUAUAUAUGCAUAAUACUGUUUGGUGCAGUACUGUCCAUCUCAAACUUCCAGAUAUGUAUUCAUCAAAUAGUUCCCUCAAUGGAAAUAACCUAACAUUUUCCUCUAAUUCACCUUUUUGUUCCUUUGAAAGCAACUCAACUUCAUCAAAAGAUGAUCACAACAUUCAUUCCUCUUUUCCUCUCACUCCUAAUUUCUCUUUCUUUCAAUUUCCAUAUUCUGAUCCAUUUGAAGACAACCAACUUUUCAUCCAACAGCAACAUGAUGUUGAUUUCCAGCUUCAUCAUCCGCCUAUAGUGAUGAAUAACAACAAUAGUGCUCCUGAUCACCAGGAUCAGGCUUCGAAGAAUUCGAUAACCGACGCCACCAACAAUAUCGUUACUAGUCUUGUUCCUGCAGAAGCUGCUUCUGGUAAAGGCAAAACUGUAGUGGUUCAGCAGAUCCAAAGGAAAAGAUCUAGCAAGAGGGAUCGACACAGCAAGAUAAAAACGGCGAAAGGACUAAGGGAUCGGAGAAUGAGAUUGUCGCUGGAAGUUGCAAAGAGGUUUUUCGGUCUUCAAGAUAUGUUAGGAUUUGAGAAAGCAAGCAAAACUGUGGACUGGUUACUCAACCAAUCGAAAGACGGAAUCAAACAACUUGCAGGGGAAAAGAAUAUUCACUUUCCUAGUAAGAGUACAUCUUCAACUUCUGAAUGUGAAGGAGUUUCAAGCUUGGAGUACAACGAAGUUGGAAAUCAAGAACAAGAAAAAGUGGUUAUGAAGAAAAGAAGAAAAGGUACUAAUAAGGUUUGUAGAAGGAGUGCAUUCAAUUCCAUUGGUAGAGAAAAGGCAAGAGAAAGAGCAAGAGAAAGGACAAGAGAAAAAAUGGAAGCUAGAACUAGAACAUCACUAGUUGAUGAAUCAAACUCAAAGCAAUGCAAUGAAAGAAGAACAAAAACUAACCUCACUUGGAACCCCUUUGAAAGUGUGGUAGAAUCUGCAGGUACACAAACUGUGAAUUAUCAUCCUUCAUUUGAUCAUGAGAAGCUGAUUAAUAAUGAAGUAGAAGUUGAAAGAAUCUCUCAAAAAGCAAAGGAACAUGGUUCACAUUCACAUUCACAUGAAGAUCAUAAUUCUUUGUUCAAUAUGAACAAAUGGAGUCCAACAAUGAUGUUCAAUUCUCUCAAUAACUUUCAAGAACAUCAAUUUGAACAAUUUCACGAGUCCUUGGAAAAACCUUGGGAAGGCUACAAUAACAACAACAACCAUUUCUAACAUGUACUUGCACCCAUUAUCAUCUCCUUUUGUGUGUCAGGUUCAGAAUAAACUGCAUUAUAUAGGAUGCAUUGCUGUGUAUUUUCCUUGCUUUCCUUUUGGAAUGUAAUGUGGUGAGGUAUCUUUAGAAUUUUGGAAACAAAAUUUCAUAUUGUUCUUGUGUAUGUGUCAUCUGAUCUCUAUAAAGUGUUACCACUUUCUUGUU